CGUCGACGUGUUUGUUGUUUAUGAUAUAUGGUACACACGCAAAUGUGGCAGUGGAAUAUUACACACGUAUUUAAGUACUUUGCGGAAACCGGUGAAAAUACAAUCGAGGCGAGGACAUUGUCUUGAAAUCCGCGAACAAAAGGUAGUCGCGGGUGGGUCGCAGGAUCAGUCCUCUUGCGUCAGAGAUCCAAGCAUGCCGAACACAUUCCUCUACUUCGCUUACGGUAGCAACAUGCUCACCAAACGGAUUCACAUAAACAAUCCGACGGCCGUGCAGAAGUACAUCGGCGUGCUCAAGGAUCAUCGUCUGGACUUCAUUUACCACUCGAAACGCUGGCGCGGCUGUGCCUCGACCAUCGUGCCUUCUCCCGGAUCCGAAGUCUGGGGUAUAGUGUGGGAAAUCGACGUGAGUAACUUGCCGGCUCUCGAUCGCCAAGAGAGCGUCCAAGACAACGUGUAUUUCCGUAAAAACGUAACGAUCAAGACUGACGCCGGUGAAAAUGUCGACUGCUACGUUUACCAGCAAUGCGUACUGCCAAAGGAAUACGUGGAGCCGAGUUCGCUGCCCGAAGAUAGACAGCCGUCGCUCAUUUAUUUGAAUACUAUGAUCAAUGGAGCAAAAGAGUUCAACAUUCCCAAUGAAUACAUUGAAUUUUUGAAAUCUUUUAAAAAUAAUGGUUACAACGGAACGGUAGACAUACUUUCGAAUAAUUGAUUAUUUAAAGUGAAAACUCGAAGUGUGCAAGUAUGCUUGUUUCUAUUAGGCGAGUCUUCGAGGUAGCCCUGUGAUGGGUUCGAAAACGCAGCUUUCCUAGCUAUGGCCUUUGACUACGCUUUAUGGAAUUUAAAUUUCAUUGCAACAAUUUUUUUUUUCUUGAUGACUAGCCGUGAAAUUUUUAUUUCGCCAAUCGCCAAUUUAAAAUGUUGACACUCGUUACGAUUAUUUUCAUUCUAAGUGACUGUAAAUUAUCUGUAACAAUGAGAUUAAGAAUUAAGUGACUUAAAGCAUGCAUAAAUGUUUCAAUUUUUAAAAUCAUGGACGAAUGUUAUAUACGUUAUUAAAA